GCGGCCUUUGGGCGGGCGGCGGAGCGGCGCCGCCACCAAUGGCAGGGAGGCGGGGGCGGGCGCUGCUCUUACGCCGUUGCCGGGCCGGGCGCGGAGGGUUUGGAAGAACAUCAUUCUAAGAUACUGAGAAAUCUGGACUUUUUAACAGUGUACUACCUAAAGAAGGAAUACAUACAUAUAUAUACACACACACACACACACACACACAUAAGGAAUAUAAUAUAAGGAAUUGAAAGUUGUAGCUUCCCUGCAUUUAAUUUUAUGGUAUUUGUACCUCUUACUUUUUCUGUAACUUUAGUUCAAGAAACACCAUGAGUACAACUCAAAGAAAGCGCCGUGGAGGAUCGGUUAGUUCUAGGCAAGCUCAGAAACGAAGCAGGCUGAUGGCUUCCACCACGGAAAUGGCCUCAGAAGCAGAGCCAAUAGAACUUGAAGAAAGUGCUGGUGAAGAAGUAGUAGAUCUCACAUGUGAAUCUUCUGAUCCUGUAGUAGUUGAUCUAACUCACAGUGAUUCUGUUGUGAUUGUUGAAGAGAAUCAACGGCGAAGGAGAAAUCUCAGACUAAGAAGCCAGCGGCAGUCAGACAGCUGUGUACUGAGUAGCGAUGAUGAAGAUGAAGCAAGAGAUAAUGAUGUGUAUGUAACAGAUAAAGUGUCUCGAGAAUUGGGACCACUGGAGGAUGAAACUGCAAGUUCAAAGCCUUCUGGUACUGUUAGUUGUCCAAUUUGCAUGGAUGGCUACUCAGAGAUUGUGCAAAGCGGGCGACUGAUUGUGUCAACCAAAUGUGGCCAUGUCUUCUGUAGUCAGUGCCUCCGUGAUUCCCUUAGGAACGCCAAUUCCUGCCCAACCUGUAGGAAAAAACUCACCCACAGACAAUACCAUCCAAUUUAUAUAUGAGUACUUAUUUCUCAGGACAGAUUCAACUGGAUUUUUGGGGAAAAUGUCUUGGUUUCAAUGCUCUGAAGAUUUAAGGAGCAGCAGGUUGUGAACUCAUCCAAAUAAAACUGAUUUUUUUUUUGAGAAUAACUUGUACAUAUAUAAACAGCUUUUUUAUGGUCCAAGCUGCUUCUUGUUAUGUCACUGGUUAUAAUGUUGAAUUUAUGACUGUCUAUAAACUAGACCAGCAGCCUAUAUCAGAAAUGAAGCAGCUAAUCCAUUUCCUUCUACUUUUUUAAUGCGUAAAUAAGAGGGGUCUGAAUAUUUUGUUAUUUGUUACUCUUGAAAUUAUUCCCACCAUUGCGUACAGGUAUGAAAUAGUUACCUUUCAAAAUACAGAUGAACAAUUUGCCAUUUCAUUACUCUUCUGUUUUUAUCCUAUAAUAUGCUCAUUAAUAUAUUGCUUUCUGCUAAAUCAUCUUUGUCCAAGUAGAAUAAGUUCUGUAUCAAUUGAUCAUUUCAUCAUAAAUCAAUAUGAAAUUGACACCCAGGGUAAUGCAAUAAAAUAACCUGCUGUUAACCAGCAGUCAGAUUUUUUUAAAGCAGAAGGCUUGAACGUGUAGAUGUCUUUAUGAACUCCAUGAGAUCUGAAGUACAUAGCCAAACUGCAACAUGUACAACGUGAAAACAGUUAUUUGAAUGUUUUAACUGCCAAGAAUUCCUGUGUUUGGAUCACAACAAUGAAUUUAUUUUCUAACAUGAUGAGAUGGUCACUUGGGUUUACUACUGUUCUAUAGAGCUCUGUCUCCAUGUAACUGAGGCGAAUACAGUCUUCUCUAGGCUUGCUAGUGAUGAAUAAGAAGCAAACUGCAUGCUUUGCUCUUAUCAGCUGAAUACCAAACUACCCAGACAGAUCUUCUUACUGUAUCAAGUGUACCCAAUGCAAUGCUUCAAGUGCAGUACGUUCACUUCACUGUUCUCUUCAGUCACUGUACUGGUACAGUUGACUGGUUUUAGCCUGAUGUAUAGGAUCAAAAUUUAAGUAAUUGCAAUACCAUGAGUUCAGAGGAAAUAGAGACUUUAAAAGACAUUUGGCAGCAAUCUUGACUUGCAAAUUUUUUGAAAGAGAAGCUUAAACUGUCUUUGCCCUGAGGGUCGUGCAUCUUUCUUUUAAAAAGAAGUCAGGUAUAUGUCCUAGGAGAGAACUCUUCUAUUUAAACAAGGCAGGAAUACACAUGCUUAUGUACUGUUAGCCAGUUAUUUCUCUUCUUCCAGGGCUAAGAUAUAAAUGUCUGCUUAAACCUGAUACAGAUAAAAUCUGCCAGCUGAUGUGGAAUCCAAGAUGGGCUGAUACAAAUAGGAUUUUAAUAACUAAAUGUAGAUGAGAUUAUUAAAAUUGGUGUUUUAUUGUCCAUAUAUGCAGUAGCUGCAUCUAUGAAGGUUGAAAUCAGUCUGUUAAAAAAAAAAAAAUAAUCCAAAAUUAAACUGUCAGGCAUCCUUUGGAAGUUUGUUAAUUAUGAAAACCAUUAGAAGUAGCAUUCUGUGCUCUGGUACAACAGAAUUGUAGGAUGCGUUUAGUUAACGUUGAUGUCUGAUGUAUCUUUGCUAACAUGUCCUAGCAAUCUGUAGGAAGCCUUUAAUUAAAGCAGCUCUUCUAAUUAGCUGUCUUAAGUUCUUGAUUGAAGACUGCAACCCAAGAGCAAAGUUUCUUCUUAGGAUGUUUAGGGGUGUUACUGGAGGUAGUAAUCCAUGAAGAGUUCUGCUCCAUGAAGGCCACCUUGAGAAAUGCAAUACUUUCCCCACCCUGGUUUGGGAUAGCUUGGGUUCGGCGUUGUUCUGGGGAAAAUGCCGGUUCUGCCUUGUGGCAGUGCUCUAACUCCUAAAAUGUUACUUCACCGUGCGCUCCCAGUAGCAAUGUGAGCUCAUAAGCGAAGGAAUACGGCAGUCUUAGGAUAGCGCGGUGACAAGGCAGGCUGGAGUUUGUGUCCCAAAAAAAGAUGAAAUGAUAAAACCGUCCUUAGGAUUGUUUCAAACAGAACUGCGUGAAGAGAAGCAGCCCAACAUGAAACUGUGAAAAUAUUUACGGGCCAUAAAGGGGAGGUGGGGGGUGGGUGGAGAAUUAUGGCCAGUUUUACUUCAGUGGUUACUGUGUCAGAGGGACAAUAACGAGAGGAUUUAAUGAGUUACCUCUGGGAAUGACGUUGAGUCACAUAUCCAUGCAUCUUUCGUAGUGUACUAGCUAUAGCCUAAACUGACUUUGCACAACUCCCUCCAUGUAAAUAUCACUUUAUAGUUUGUGCUUUAAUAAGUAGGCCUAAUUGAAAUUUAGAUAUCCCGAACUAUAAAAUAUUUAACAAAAAAGUUUUUUAGCUUUUGUGUACCCUGUGAAGUGCCACAAAUUUGUGCAUCUCGAAUUUUAAGCUCGCAGUACAUGGAAAAAUACUAAGUUGCAUUAUACUUUUUUAUUAAAAAAGAAAUAAAGAAACCCCAAUAUAUUUGAGUUCCAGUGAUGUUUCACAUUGGCAAGAACUGAUAGAUAAUAUAAAGAUUUUUUUCAUUAUGUAAAUGUAUGUCUUGUUGUAUAUAGUUCAAUUUUUCUUGUAUUUAAUUGUAUUCAUGUCUGUAUGUCACAUCUAUGUUGGACUCUGCUGGUAGGCAAACACUUCUUUUAAACAGGUGGAAAUAAAAUAAAAAAUCAAUCGACCAAGUA